AUGACGGGUGAAAAGUGGUUGACAUCUGGCAAAUCCAGAAUGAAGAUGCGACAGAGCAAAGGAUUCCAACAUCGUGCCCAAAGCCGCGCAAGUUUCAAUGCCAUCGCGGCGGACGCCAAUAUUCAACCUUCAGCGGUUUCUUCGCAACCCUACAAUCAUCCGAAACGGCCCAGACGAUUGAAUGGAUACCCGAUCUCAAGAAGGGCCAUUACAGUUUCGUUGGCAAAGUCUCCUGCACAAGCAGCAUUGGGUGAAGGCCAACAGCUCUAUCGGCAACAGGAAGAAACAACAGGUACAGCCCAGUAUCGACGUAUUCGAGGAGCGCCAGGACUAUCGUCAGUACAUACGAAUCCCAUUGCAUCCUAUCGGCAACAACAAGUCGCUUCACAACAUCGCGAUCCACCUCCACAGCAAAAUGAUCCUUUUGGAUACGUGCCCUCGGAGGAAAUCCAACCUAGCACACAGACAUAUCCUGCGCCUCGGGAUCCACUGUUCCACCAUGGUCCCGGAGCAACACAGUAUCAGCAUCUCCCCCACGGUUACACUCCUUACUAUAAAGAACACCACCUCGACUCGCGCGAGCAAGCUGCAUACCAGCCUACCCAACGUCAUCGAGAACAACGUCUACCGUUUCAUCAACCGACUGAAAAUGAGUUCUACCCACAGCCUUCUCCCUUCUACCAGAACGAGAUAGAUUUUUUGCCAAGACAAGCCUUCUCGUACCAGAAUCGAUAUAGCGAAAGAAGCUUCGAAGCAAAAUGGAGCCCUCCAGCGCCUGUAAAUGAAACAUGUCCACCCUUAGGUGUUGCAGUACCGUUUGGAUCUCACACCUUGAGAAGCAAUUUUCGCCUUCAACGAUUCCCUUCAACACACUGUGAGACGACACAGCCGGCACUGCAUCCUUUUCCCGAAGACUUCUUCGUUUCUCCUCACCAAGACGGCAGCCGAUACCUUCAAAAUAGCACAAGCACAAGUCCAACGCGUACCGUGAGCCAACAACAUCAAACAGCGAUGUCGACGAUUCCGGUACAUGCGUUUCGACCUGGGUUUCAUCCCCGAACGCUUCUGAUAGCUAAUGGCAUGAAUGGUUACGAUCCUGAAUUCACCACUAAUCCUAGCCCCGAAAUGGACCUCUUUACCAUUCCCGAACUUCCUCUAAUGCCACCACCCUAUCAAGAUGCACCGCUCGCUCAAUACGGCCGCCCUUCUUCGGGCUCUCAACUUCCCAGUGACAAAGCGUUCAAUGUGCUAGCUGCCAGUACUGAAGCCAAAUGCAGACAAGAAGACAUUGUUGAGUUUGAGCUCGACGAAACGCUUCCAGACCGAAAGCCCGAGAGUCAAGGGAUUGCGAGAUUUCAACGACAACCUGCGAAAAAGCCGGCCACGACAGCAUUGAAACCCAUUUUAAAUCCGUAUCAAAGCCCAAAACCCAACACCAGUCCCUCUGACACAAAGAUAAGAUUAGGCGACAGUCGUACAGAUGCACAGACUGAAAAUAAACACUCCUUGUCGCCCCCCACUAACGUUGCAACUUCACGGGGGCAAGAAGUACCUAUUGAUUUCUCAGGCACGGAACGGAUCUACUCACAAAGAACGACCAUUCACCGCUCCGGCUCGAUCUGAUAAAAACGGCUUGCCCUCUGAGAUAGCAAAUGUGAUCCUUCCUAGCAUUGAUACUCGAAAUAACUUAAUCGAAGCACAUCAAUCCGUGUUGGUUGCCCAAUCGAGUGAGACGAUUCUUACCGAGCAUCAUGCACCAUCUGAACCAGUUACCG